CCAGAUCAAUGUCCGAGUCACCACCAUGGAUGCGGAGCUGGAGUUCGCCAUCCAGCCGAACACCACAGGAAAGCAGCUUUUUGACCAGGUGGUGAAGACCAUCGGCCUGCGGGAAGUGUGGUACUUCGGCCUCCAGUACGUAGAUAAUAAAGGAUUUCCUACCUGGUUGAAACUUGAUAAAAAGGUGUCGGCCCAGGAGGUCAGGAAGGAGAAUCCCCUGCAGUUCAAGUUCAGGGCCAAGUUCUACCCUGAGGACGUGCCUGAGGAGCUCAUCCAGGACAUCACGCAGAAGCUCUUCUUCCUCCAAGUGAAGGAGGGCAUUCUGAGCGAUGAGAUCUACUGCCCUCCCGAGACCGCGGUGCUCCUCGGCUCCUACGCCGUGCAGGCCAAGUUCGGAGACUACAACAAAGAACUGCACAAGUCCGGGUACCUCAGCUCCGAGCGGCUGAUCCCCCAGAGAGUCAUGGACCAGCACAAGCUCACCAGGGACCAGUGGGAGGACCGGAUCCAGGUGUGGCACGCGGAGCACCGCGGGAUGCUCAAAGACAGCGCCAUGCUGGAGUACCUGAAGACCGCCCAGGACCUGGAAAUGUACGGGAUCAACUAUUUUGAGAUAAAAAAUAAGAAAGGAACAGACCUGUGGCUUGGAGUGGAUGCCCUGGGACUCAAUAUUUACGAGAAAGAAGAUAAGUUGACCCCAAAGAUUGGCUUCCCGUGGAGUGAGAUCAGGAACAUCUCUUUCAAUGACAAGAAGUUUGUCAUCAAGCCCAUCGACAAGAAGGCGCCUGACUUCGUCUUCUACGCUCCCCGCCUGCGCAUCAACAAGCGGAUCCUGCAGCUCUGCAUGGGGAACCACGAGCUGUACAUGCGCCGCAGGAAGCCCGACACCAUCGAGGUGCAGCAGAUGAAGGCCCAGGCCCGCGAGGAGAAGCACCAGAAGCAGCUGGAGCGGCAGCAGCUGGAGACGGAGAAGAAGAGGCGAGAGACCGUGGAGAGAGAGAAGGAGCAGAUGAUGCGGGAGAAGGAGGAGCUGAUGCUCAGGCUCCAGGACUACGAGCAGAAGACCAAGAAGGCCGAGAAAGAGCUCUCGGACCAGAUCCAGAGGGCCCUGCAGCUGGAGGAGGAGCGGAAGCGGGCGCAGGAGGAGGCGGAGCGCCUGGAGGCCGACCGCAUGGCUGCGCUGCGUGCCAAGGAGGAGCUGGAGAGGCAGACGGUGGAUCAGAUAAAGAGCCAGGAGCAGCUGGCCGCGGAGCUCGCAGAGUACACCGCCAAGAUUGCGCUCCUGGAGGAGGCGCGCAGGCGCAAGGAGGACGAGGUGGAGGAGUGGCAGCACCGGGCCAAGGAAGCCCAGGAUGACCUGGUGAAGACCAAGGAGGAGCUGCAGCUGGUGAUGAUGGCUCCGCCGCCCCCGCCGCCCCCUGUGCCUCGGGGGAGCCCCCACCAGCACCCACUCUCCGGGGAGGGCGGUGGCGGGGGCCUGACCCUGCCUCUUGCCUUGCAGACUCUGUCCAGCGAGCUGUCCCAGGCCAGAGACGAGAACAAGAGGACCCACAACGACAUCAUCCACAACGAGAACAUGAGGCAAGGCCGCGACAAGUACAAGACGCUGCGGCAGAUCCGGCAGGGCAACACCAAGCAGCGCAUCGACGAGUUCGAGGCCAUGUGAGGCCGCGGGACUGCAGGGCGGCCCGAGCCUGGGCCCCGCGGUCGCACGCAGACUCUGAAACUCUAUUCGUAGUUCUCUAAUCUAGACCCUCCUCGUACCCAGUUCCUUUAAAGAGAGUAGCUGUUUCAGCGGGAAGAUCCGGGGCUGGGGACGGGAGGCUUCCCUGGUUACUUCCCAUUUGUAUCAUAGUGCCAAACGGCCUGAUUUUUACUGUUGUUAUUAUUGAAUCACUUCCUGUCUGUGCUGGGGGCAGGGCCGAUCGAAUCAAGGAAAGGGCCACUGCACGCCUGAGGGGCAGCUCCGUGCUGGCGUGUGUGACUCGUGUCAUUACAGCACCCUCGGCGGCUCCAGUCCGUGCCAUAUUCCGUCUGUAUUUGAAAUUAGCCCAGAUUGAUUGAUUGUACUUGAUUUCUGUGAAGGAUGCAUCUCUGUAUUUAUGUUUUUGAGGCUUGAAAACUGGUCGAAAGCACUCACACACAUGCACAUGGUGACUUCCUCGGGCAGCAGCGUCCUCGCUCAUUCCGGACAAACAGCACAGGAGGACACACGCUUAGAUAAACGCCUGGUUUAACAGUUAGAGGCUCCAUGGUUGGGCUCACACACCUGAUUAAUGAUGAUCAGCUAUAGAAUAUAAUAUUUAUAUAUAAGCAAUAAUAUGGGUUUGUAACAUUAGUUAAAAAGGGAAAACCUUGUUCUGUAUAUUUUGUUACCUUUUACAGAAUAAUAAAGAACAUGAAAACCA